AUGCCUGCCGCUUGUUCAUCUGAUGGCCAUCUGAUGAACGUUUUGGAGCGUCCACAAGCGUGUGGCUGUACUACGAGUAAGCGCGAUGGCCUCAUUUGUGGUACGGUCGUUAGUACGACUGCACAAAACCUUAGUGUAACAAACGGUUACACUUCGGAGCAAAGUUCCGGCUGCUGUGAGGAAACACAGGCUGCGCCGAAGGUCCACCACUCGAACAAGUCGAGUGGACCGGGACAAAGAUGUAUCCCUAGCGGGGAACAUCUAGAAGAGAAACAAUCGAUCGCUCAGGUUAAGCGAAACGAUAAUCCUAGAUCGACUGGAGAGUCUUUCGUAGAGGAUCUCGCUGUGGUUGCGCAACCACAGCUAGAGGAAGUAAAGGGAAUAAGUCCCGAUAUUACAAACACGGCGGAAGUAAGUUCCCCGAAACCCGAGGGAAUAAGUCCCCGGGCAGCCGGAGGAAUAAGUCCUUCGAGGCCUGAGGGAAUAAGCCCCCAGGAAAGGACAGAGACAUUGAAUGUCAUAGUCAACAACGGAUCAAGUGUAGGCGCUUAUACGUUUGAUCUGAUUGCGCCUCCGAAGUUAACUUCGGAGAUCACUCAGUUGCCAACGCUCGAACAUAAAAGGUUCUUGCUUGAUCUGCGUAGUGGCAAAGUCAAGCAGAUCUGCAUACUCGUCGCUGACGACGAGCGUGUAGCCGACAUAAGGUCGGCAACAGUGUUUACUGAGAACGAGAGAGUUCUCAGUAGUUCAUCUAUGGACGAGAGUGUCCUAGCUGAAAAGACACGAGUUGAGCGAUAUGACUCCCAAUCGUGGGAAUCGCUCAAGACAAAUCCUCUCUAUGAAGAUUUGGUUGAAUUCAAGGAUGUAUUCCCUGAAACUGUUCCGUGCGAAUUACCGAAGGAUAAAGGUAUUCGACACGAGGUCGAGCUUAAACCAGGCUCGAAGUACUGUGUCAUGAAGCAGUGGCCACUGCCUCGUGAACAAGUACUUGCGAUCGACAAGUUCUUUGCCGAUCGUUUAGCAGCGGGCCAUGUGAGGGAAUCAACUUCCCCACAUAGCUCUCCGACCUUCUGUGUGCGAAAAGCAACAGGAGGGUGGCGGAUAGUGCACGCGUUCAACAAGUUGAGUGCUGCAACGGUACCGGCUCAGACGCCGAUACCGAGGAAGGACGUAAUCAUUGAUGGUAUGUCAAAGAGUACCAUCUUUUCGUCGAUGGAUUUGAUGGAUGGCUUCUAUCAAAUCCUUAUGCGAGAACGGGAUAUACCCUAUACCGCAGUGAGCACGCCUAGCGGCAUGUCUGGGAAUGGCUAG